AUGGCCUUGGCCUACACCAAAAGUCUUUGCGCCUGCGCUCUCACAGGGGCCCAGCUGCAGGGUGCGAUGGGCGAGGUCGGUGUCACGGAGUUGCCACAGAUGCGGGCGCUGGUCAUAGGCCUGGGUGCCGGCUCCAUUCCACUGUGGUUGCAACAUACCUUUCCGGAGAACAAGAUGGCCGUGGAUGCGCUGGAGAUUGACCCUGCGGUGGUGAAAGUGGCUACCGAGGAGAUGGGUUUCCCCGCCUCCGCGGUGCGUCGCAGCGCGAGCGCCGCAGAGGCGGCAGAAGAUGCGGUCAGCGGCGGCGGAGUGAGGGUCUACCUGCUACCAGGUGAAGAUUUUGUUGAAGCCGUAGCGGCCCAAAAGGAUGAGAAUUACAAGUAUGACAUGGUCUUCAUCGACGCCUUCGACAAGAGCGGCAAGGUGCCCCCCGUCUUGGUCGACGGCCAGGGGACCUUCUUGCAGAGCUUGAACAAGGUCCUAAAGCCCAACGCCACGGUGGUCUUGAACUUGCUGGUUGGGAUGACGGGCAGUGGUAGCUCCGGGACUGCGCAGGAGAUCGAAGACAUGGUGACCGCCAUCGCAACGACCUGUUGUGGUGACAGCUCAGAGAUUUUCACGGUCCGAACGCCGAUCAACGAAAGCAGUGGCAACCAGAUCUAUGGCUUCCUCAAAGCUGGACGGGCCGCAACAGAGCGCACCAAGCCCCUGAAGGAGGCCUUGAAGGAAAGUGCAGAGAAAGUCAAUGCCGAUUUCCCUGCUGAUUCGUUGGGUCAAAAGAUCCGCUUCGAUUUUGCGCGGCGGGUGAUCUUCAGCUAUCAAGACUGGUGGGUCGCCUUGGGCGCCGCGUGGCACCGCAGUUUUGAGCGGCACAGCCUGCCAGCUGUCGCCGUGGCCGUCGCGGUGGAAGCGGCCGAAGCGGCCGAAGCGGCCGAAGCGGCCGAAGCGGCCGAAGCGGCCGAAGCCGCCAGCGGUCCACCCAGAGAUGAGCUGCCGAGAGAGGGUGAGCAUGAGAAGGAUGCCAAUGCCCAUUGCAAGGUCCCUCAGCAAGACUCGCCUCGGAACCAUGUGCUGCCCGAAGCAGAGCUGGCGGCCGAUGCUGGGCCCAUUGUGUGGCCUGGAGCGGAGGCGGAGGAGAGUGAGCCUGUACCGGAACCUGCAGUGCCGGUGGAGAGACAGAGGCGAAAAGCUGACGUGAGCCACGUAGAAGCCGCUGCGGAGGUUCCAGUCCCGGCAAGAGCAGGCAGCGCUGCGAGUGCUGCGCCUGAGAUGCCAUUGCUGCAGAACGAGGCCGGCUCCCUGGUGGUUCCGCAGACAUGGAGAUUCGUGCCCCCUCCUCCGGAGCAAGCGCCUAAGCCAUGCUAUGACAAAGUUCUGGAGGCAAAGGCGGCCCUGACGGCCGUGACGGCCAUGGCCACACCACCCAGGGAAGAUGCCACCCCAUCGGCUAGGGAGGAGCUGACACCUAAGAAAUUGAUUGAAGACUUGGUUCAGGACCAAGUGAAGUUGGACCUCAGGGACAAGCAACUGCUGGUGGAACAAUUGGUGGAAUGCCUCAUCGAUCAAGUGAAGCGCUAUGAGAAGGAGCUUGGUGCGGAGCAACGCGCCAAUCGCGCCUUGAAGAUGUCCUUGGAGGUGGAGCAAAGGAAAGCCUUGAUGUAUCACCAGCGGCUCAGUGAACUGGCGCAGCAGCUUCCCUUUGAGGCGGCAGAUCGCACACUGGAACCUGAAUUGUGAGGUUUCAGGCUCAGAACUGAGACGGGGCAAAUUCAUUGCAGUUUCACAGAGCUUGGGCGCCCCAAACCGCCAGAAAUGAAUGAAGCAUCAGGAAGUCUG